UUUAGUAAACUAACUUAAUAUUGGUUAUCAGUAACAUUGAUAAGGUUGGCUUGACUAUUAAAAAUAGUAUCCGUACGUUCCCUCUUUAGCUACAAUAAUUAUUUUAUACAGGGAAAUGGUCUAGUGAACAGAUAAUGGAAAAUACUACUUCCGAUGGACAACCUACAGGUACAUAUCCCCGCUCCAAGGGCGUGGUUGAGAUAGUGUCCCGUACACUAUGGGACUCGCUACCCCCGCGGAAGGCAGAGGCCCUACCAGGCCAGAGACUGGUAGUAUGGUUCUCGGACACGGCUACUCCAGAGUGUAAGAACUUUACGGAUUGCAUGUCUACCGUGCAAGAGCUGCAGAUUCAGCACAUGGACGUCCUUAGGCUGCCAGACAUCAAACACAAUUUCCUGAUCGGAGGAGACGGCAGAGUUUAUGAGGGUCGAGGGUUUGGUGUCAAGCCCAGCAACGAUGAAUACAUUAAAAAGAUGUAUCCUUUGGUUGAAGACACGCUGGACAUAGCGUAUAUAACUACAUUGGAAAAUACCACUGACCAACCUACGCCUCUUAUGCUGGAAACGGCAAGAGAUCUAGUUGACUACGCUGUAAAACGUGGAUACGUAGUACGUAAAGAUGUUAAGAAAAUUAACUACUGGGAGAAAAAAUUAAAAACCGUGACAAACCUACAGUACGACAAUAUUUUUAUUUAAUACGUUUAAAAAUAAACUCAAGCGUCUAUAAUAACGACUGAAACUUUAUUGGAGAUAAUACUCUGAUACAGAACAGGUUCUUCACCUAAAAGAGCCAGUCUUCUUUGUUUUAUAGAGGACAGAUAGACCUAGAUAUUACAGAUAAGUUCUCAACCAUCAGAGUACGACAACAUUAUAUAACUGAAAUUCAAUAUACUUGAGUUGAAUUUAGAGUAAAC